ACGCCGUGUGACCACACCCCCAACUGUGAGAUAAUGGAGCCCGGCGAUGAGGAGAUCCCAGAUUUGGUACCAAUCUCCACACCAAAGGUCCCUGUCACAAUCAUAACUGGAUAUCUAGGAGCUGGUAAAACGACUCUUCUGAACUACAUUCUGACCGAGCAGCACCAGAAAAGGAUUGCAGUCAUCCUCAAUGAGUUUGGAGAAGGUAGUGCAGUAGAGAAGAGUCUGGCAGUGGGGCAGUCCGGGGAGCUGUACGAGGAGUGGCUGGAACUGAGAAAUGGCUGUCUCUGCUGCUCUGUCAAGGAUGUGGGUGUGAAGGCGAUAGAGAACCUGAUGCAGAAGAAAGGGAAGUUUGACUACAUUCUACUGGAGACCACGGGACUGGCCGAUCCUGGCCCCAUUGCUGCCAUGUUCUGGCUGGACGAUGAUCUCGGCAGCGAGAUUUACCUCGACGGUAUUGUCACAGUGGUAGAUUCCAAGCACAUAUUUCAGCAAGUAUCAGAGAAGAGACAAGAUGGCUCGCUCAAUGAAGCAGUGAGGCAAAUAGCUCUGGCAGACUUGGUUCUGGUCAACAAGACUGACUUGGUGUCUGGAGAUGCUCUCAAAGACGUCCGUCAAAGAGUGCAGUGAGCUGAGCUAUAUAUACAAUGUAGAAUCAGUAUUCUUCACACCAUCGUAUUGCUGC